CUUAGCUUGGAAACAUGUUCACACUUGCCAAAGUAUCCUCUGAGUGAAGUUGCACAAGGACACUUUUAUAUUUAAUCCUCUUCUCAAUUUCACAGUAAUCAACCUGUUUUGUUCUGCUUGGUUUCAACCUGGUGUCUGAUAACAUGUCUUAUUCUGCAACGCACACAGCUACAAGAUGAACGUCAGGCUUCUUACGACCUGAGAUUUUGGAAUAUGACAUCCAGAGUCAGAGUGGAUUCAGAAGAAAUACAUUAACAAGUAGGUGUUCCUCCGGUACAAGUAAAACGCAUGGUAGAAAGAAACAGGUCCUGCAGUGGUGGCUUGGUAACGUAAAAUGUCACUUUUACAUGACAUUGGAAUUCUGGAUAAAUUUGAGCAAUUUUCAGCAAGAAGUCUACUUACAUCUUGCACACAAACACAGCAAAGAGUUAGAGAGUGGCAAGUUACCAGAUCAAUUUAAACUUCAUGUUUAUUGUAUUACUUGCUGUGUUAUUAAUUUUCUUAUACUGCGGUUUAUCCACUAAACGCAGAAUUGUAGUGAAGUAAAAGGCGAAUUUCAAAAGUUAAGAAAACAGUUGAUUUGGAAAAAAUCUUCAAAUCAGCUAUAGUCACAGCUUAGCAAUGUUAACGUAAAUUUAGCAAUUCUGUUUUUUACUUAAUUAUAAUUAUCUGUUUAGUGAAUAAACCCCAAAUGAUUUGUUUUGUUUUUGUCAAGAAAGAAAACAUUGAGAUUUCUCGUAUUGUCUAGUAUCCGCUGGAACUAGAUCAGGGGUGAUAUGAUAGAAACAUUUAAAUACAUAAAAGGAAUCAACACAGUAAAGGAGGAGACUAUAAUUAAAAGAAGAAAAACUACCACAACAAGAGGAUAGAGUCUUAAAUUAGAGGGGCAAAGGUUUAAAAAUAAUGUCAGGAAGUAUUACUUUACUGAGAGGGUAGUGGAUGCAUGGAAUAGCCUUCCAGCUGAAGUGGUAGAGGUUAACACAGUAAAGGAGUUUAAGCAUGUGUGGGAUAGCCAUAAGGCUGUCCUAACUAUAAGAUAAGGCCAGGGACUAAUUAAAGUAUUUAGAAAAUUGGGCAGACUAGACAGGGCCGAAUGGUUCUUAUCUGCCGUCACAUUCUAUGUUCCUAUCAUUAUAUUAUGUAGUGUUACAGAUUUAAAUCACCCUGUUGCAGUUUAAUUUUGAUUCAACAAGGCGAAUAUUUUCAUGCAUAUUAUCUGGUCGAAGAGCUAAUACUUUACAGAAGGUUAUCAUGUGUUUGCUGAGCUGUGUAAAAGAAUGCAGCUCAGCCACUUGUUUUGUUCGUAACAUGAAAUAGAAACGAAUGUGCUAGCAGUGAAGAGGGAGUUGUAGGACGUGCAGGAAACUGGGGUGAGCAUACUGUCCAGGUUAUCUUCCAAUUUUACAUUAUUUUAAAGAUCUGUUUAUGAACCAAGUGUAAAGAAUACAUCUGGCGUUAUGGCAAUUAAUUUAAAACCAUUUUGCAAACUUUAUUCCAAACAAACUUUCAAAUGCAAUCAUUUCGUCCUUAUGUUUGCAAUUCAGUUUUUACUUCACUGUUUAGCGAAUAAAGCACGACAUCUCCUUAGUCAGUAAGGUUUAACGUUCCAGUGAUUGGCAUUAAAAGUUAUUGCACAAUAUUUUUUUUAGCAAUAGAUUUUCUUCACAAGCAGAUUUUAAGAGGACACUACAAGAACCAUAACAACCAAUGCUCCUGGCCUAGAUAAGGUGCAAGGAGCUCACCUGUUAUUAUAUCACCUUCUAUUUUGGCUUCUAAAUGUGUGCUCUCUCAUGGCACAGAGCACACAUUUAGAAGCCAAAAUAGAAGGUGAUAUAUACAAAUGUUGCACUUAUGGUACUGUUUUGAAUUAUUUUCCAUGGUGUCCUGAAGAGCGAUACGCUGGUGGAAUAACCUGCGACAGCAAGUACGGGUUCCUAAAGAGGAAAUUAAAUUUUUUAGUAAUUAGUUAAAUAUGUAUAGUGCUCUUAAGCAAAGCACUUUAAAACAAAAUUAAGAAACUCGUCAUAUACAGAUACAAUUAGACUCGCUGAUGCAAAAGCAGUAAAGAAUUGAGCCUGUGGACUUUUAUCUAUACAAUAAUAUCGUGUGGAGAGAUAACAAUACCAAAAUAACUCACUAGGUGCUAUUCUUCACAGGUACUCCCUCCAGUACCAACCAAACAUAAAUAUUUCAGAAAAGAGAAUGCACACUAGGACCACCAAUAUAGGCUAUGCAAAUUUUCAUAACCCAAUAAUAGGCAUACAUUGUAUAUAACAAAACAAUAUAAUGUGACAAUAUAAAGGCAUAAAAAUAAAAGAGUAACAAUUUACCAAAUCUCUCACAGGUCCCCGAUACCCCCAACGUUUCGGCACCAACUGGCUGCCUUUUAAACACCCUUGGUGCUGAAACGUUGGGGGUAUCGGGGACCUGUGUUUCUGCCAGGAUAGGCUUGUGAGAGAUUUGGUAAAUGGUUACUGUUUUAUUUUUAUGCCUUUAUAUUGUCACAUUAUAUAGUUUCGUUAUAUACAAUGUAUGCCUAUUAUUGGGUUAUUAAAAUUUGCAUAGACUAUAUUGGUGGUUCUAGUGUGCAUUCUCUUUUUUGAAAUGUGGACUUUAACCUAACACAUGUACCACCUCGUAUAGUGGGUAGGUUAAUGUAUCUUUGUGUUUGUAUUUAGAGUCUGAAUGCUCAGGUGUAUUGGGCUGGCAAGCCUGACUGUGUAUUUGAAUGCAGGAGUGCUAUUGUCAUUUAUAAACAAUAGUGACAAACUGACAUCCUUAGGAAUUAUUUAGUGUUGAUAUACCCUGCAUGUGGAUUGAAAAAGUUAAAAUGUAUUUAGUGGUCUUUCACUAAGCUAAAGCCCCAACAUGGAUGAAUCUUUAGAUUUUUUUCCAAACGAGCUACAGACUAGCAGUCUGGCAAAACAAAUGUUAAGACCAGAUAAUAAGGUAAUCGGUGCAUAGGAGCAAAGAAUGCAUUAAAGUUUAUGGUCCUUUUAAAUACUACAAGCGAUGCAGAACUAGUUCAAUAGCUUUAAACCAGCUGUGACCUUAUAAAAACAAUGACCCAAUUCACAAGAAUUCUAAUGUUACAGUGCCUUUUUUAUGUUACAGUAAGACAUGUGUGUAUGCAAUCUGUGUGCCAUUACACUUUUGUAAGGUAAUCCUCAUUCUGGACCAAUAAAGGCAGAACACCCCGAUGGUCUAUAACCCCAUGAAAGACACAAAGUCCAAUAUGCUGUUUUAUAAAUCUUUGAGUUUUGCAAUCAUAUCCAGAAACAAAACAUAACAGGAUAAGUUCAGUAAACUUCAAUACAAGUUUUUAAGACCAAUACAGUUUUAAGAUGGCACUCCAGUUACCACGGCAACAAUCAUGCAUCUUAAAGAGCAUUGUGCAAAUAUAUAUUUUUUUCUGUGUAUUCCACACCCUAUCUCUCACUUUCAAGUAGAAGAGUGGAGAUCAUAAACAUAGUCUGGUCAUCUGUAUAUUUUCCUAUACAGUAUAGCAUUUUCACAUUGGAGUGAAUGGGGCUGUUUGCUCAUUCGUAAUACACUAAGGUGAAUGGUCUCAUCUGCUUAAAAUAAAAUUAAUGGGAGACACGACUGUAAGUAAAAAGAUGCAUAUGGUGGGUUUUAGUCACUUAUGUGCAUUAAUGGUAUGCAGUAGGUCACUGCAUUGUGCCUUAAUAAGACAGAAGUAAUUAAUGUCUGUGUAGAAUAUCUGACAUACAAGUAGCCAUGCUCACCAGUCAUCAAGUGAAAAUAAUGGAAAAGUAGGCAUUGGUUGAGAGGUACUUGCAAGUUCCUGGUUUCAGAUGAUGUCACUAGAAAGAGCCAAAGGUUUCGCUGACAAAGAAUAAUAUUAAUCUGUUUUUUUUGCUAUAUUUCAGGAUUCUAUUAACUAAUAAUUUACAUUUAGAUUUAGAUUCUAUUAUUGAAUAAUUUAAAUAAUGCAUACAAAAAAAACCAUAGGUAAAUCCCAACUCGCAGAAUCUACUAGUCACAUACAUAACAGAAUAGGAUAGAUAUUGGAUAGCAGCAUAUUACCAUCCCUUAGAAUGUUUAGAAUAAUUCUUCAAGUCAGCUUUGUUUACAGAUUGGCUAUUUGGGCCUAUGAUUUGAAACUCACUUUGAAUUCAGACAAUGCACAUUUUAGUAAAUAAUCUGCCAGUGUGUUUAUACAUCAUAUUAAACCUUGUAGAGUCAACAAGAAGUAAUAACCUCCACCUAUGACGUUACGCAGCUGAUGACUUGUGUUUUAAAAAUCACUGCAGAAAUAAUUAACAGAAUUAAGAGAGACGCGGACAGGAGAGCUCCUUGCACCGUGACCGAUGCAGGAAGCAUUGAUAGCCCGGUCUGGAAAAAUCUUUCUAAUGACACUAGGAUGGAAAUAGCUCUCUUGGAAAAAACAUUGCUUGAGCAAAAUCAUUACAGUAAUGUUAUUAAUGAAUUCUUUAUUUUUUAUACAUAAAAAUGCCAUAAACUAAGAACUGAAUGCCAGUUGCCCAAAUUAUUAUGUUGGCACUAACAUACAAUACCCCGCCAACUCUUAUCCCAGCAUGUGCUUAUCAGAGCACAGUUAAAUGUUUUAAAGUUCCGAGAACUCUUUUUUUAUCAUUGAAUAGACUUGUCUGUACGUAUUGUUACAGUGGAAUGCGCAAGCAGGACUGUAAGCUCAGCCAUUAGAAAAAUGUCUACAGUUAGUUUAAUCCUUUGAGUGCUGGGUUAUACUAUAUCUUUUACUGUCACAUGUCACAUGUCAGUGUCUACCUUACUCUGGCGCUCAAAGGGUGAACAUGUAGGAACAGUAAAGUGUUGGGCUGGAGAUGUAUGUUUUAGAAUGUAAUCUUAUACCAUUACAGGAUAAAGAAAUGCUUUUGUCUCUGAUAUAAUGGGGAACUUGAGAUGAAAUGUCUAAUAAUGACCAGAGUUGUGCAAACAGAUAAUUAAUAAGGUAGAUUCACUGCAGCUUUUAGUGCACCUUACUGGCAAAUAUGUACAUUUUAACUCCAUGACAGAUCUUUAUCAAGGUCUCCUGGUUACUGAGAUAGUCACACAAGUGACAGAAAAAUUACCUUUCCCCCUCACCCCAUUUAUACAUAAUCCAGUCUUGUCUCCUGACUUAUUAAGCACUACACACCUAAUCAUGUGAUGUUUCUAAAUUUCCAGAGGGGAGAAUUUGCACCUAUGCUUCCUUCUCCCAUACUACACUAAUGCAACAAUAUUACUGCAGUUCAGUUAUCACCUAAAUAUUAUUAUUGUUAGCAUUUAUAUAUAGCGCCAAAAUAUUCCAUUGUGCUUUAAAAUCAUAGGGGGUAUUUUAAAGUAAAGAAUGCCCUGCUCUAAAGAGCUUACAAUCUAUGAGAAUUUGAGGUAGGCGGAUAUAUAUCAUUAGAUGUCUUCUCAAGGACACUUACGGGUAAGAUGUUCUGACCGGUAUUCAAACCUGAGUUUCCCAGUACUACCUUAUUCGAAUUCGGGGGUAGGCAACCUUCGACACUCCAGAUGUGCAAUACAUUUCCACUGAUGCUUUGCCAGUAUUACAGCUGUAAGUGCAUUAUGGGAGAUGUAGUGGAUUGCCAUAGCUUGCCUACACUUGUUCUACUCUAAUGUUCAACCACCACAUACCAUCAACUGAUAAACUGAAACAUUUACCGAAGUGCCCACUGACAGUGACAUAUUCUCUACUAGCUUUUAUUUUCUAAAAUCAAUAAAUGUUUUUUGUAACUUGGCUGCGUGUUAAAGGAACUGCCUGGUAUCAUUAACAUUGCACUGAGUGCAGUAAUCUGAGGCUGCCCGACUCCCUGUUCCUCAGUAGAGAUUUACACAAUACUGGACAGCCUGUGGUUAAUGCCCUGCCGGUACCUAUGUAAAGCAGUUAGCUACCUUGGGGUUACCAUAAACAGAGGAAAGUGGUAAAGACUUCCAAAAAUGGAUGGUGUCACCUAAAGUGAGUAGAUUAUAUACCACGCUAUUAAAUGAAGAAAAAGGUUUAGAAGACAGUAGAUAUCAGACCUUUAACCCCAGAGGAACCCCAUUUUCCAUAUAUGAUAUAAUAAUCUUAUAUUAAAAGAUGGACGGAUUUGUGGCCUAUAUAUAUCCCACUUUGAAUAAGGGUUGGGACUAGGGACAGGAAUGGAAUUUCAGAGUAAAAUGGUAGAAUGGAUGAAGAAAAAGUUAUUUAUUGAAUAGAAGGUGAAGAUAAACUCUAGUCUCUGCCUAGAAAACUGAAUUGUAUUAUAAAUGCCUCAUGAUACAGGAUAUCUUGGUCAAUUACCAAAAUCCUGACAAAAAUAUCACAGGAGACUAUUAGAAUUAAAUGAUUUGAGGACAAUUUGAAUCAAGCUUCACACAGAAUUCACUGUGCCUAAACACAAUGGAGAUUUAGUUUGCAACAGAUUGGUUGUCUGUGGUUGCCGAGUGCUUUGCAGUCCCUCCAUAGUAAGCAGUCAAGAUGUUUGAGAAUUGUUUAAUAACAUAUCUAGGGUCUGAUCUGCAUUGUCGCCUCGUCCCCUUGAGCUAAAAGCUCCAAUAAGUGCCAGCUCACUGGCUGAAAGCAUCAUCUGAGUGCUCUAAGCCAAGUAGCACAACCCUGCACCACACAGCUUAGGGCAGCGGUGGACAUUCCUUCUGCAGGGAAGUCAUUGGUUACCCAGUAGAUCACAGGUUCAACUGUUCUCACAUGUCUUGAAAACUCACUCUGGGAAGGCACCGGGGGACAUCCAGACCAUAACUACUACAGCAGGCCAUAGUAGUUACUGUACAUGGUGUGUACUCUGUGCUAAGCUCAGGGAUGACCGUUUAUACAAGAAUGUUUCAAUAUUGGUAUUCUGAUAGGAACCCUUUUUUGGGUGGGAGGCGAACAUGUCCCACGCUUUCUAUCCUAAUUACAUUCCUCUCAAUCCUGGGACCUAUGUGAGUGGUUCUAUCCUGACAACAAUAUCAUCAUCACUGGUCUUGAAAGGUUUUUUUAAAAGCAAAAUCGAAAUAUUAUUUUGGUAAUUAAAGAUUUGUUCUUUACUAUUAGAAUACUAUAGAACCUGCCUGACAUGAUAAUUAACUACGAAGGCUGUUGAGUUAUCCCGAGCAAUCAUCUCAAUUGUUAAAUGUGUGCUACCCUAAUAAUUACUGAAAACAAUACAAUACAACUGCUACAGAGUUUUCAAACAAAGCUUCGAGCAAUAACAUUGAAUGGAUGCAGUUUCUCCAGUGUAAAAGGCCAAUAAUAUACUAGCCUGAAGCAUUAACGAGGGGUGCAGUACUCCUGUUGCUUUAUGUGUGAGAAUGUACAUCAGAUAUCACAAUGAUAAUGUGUCUUUGUGUUUUCAGGUGUGAGGUAUGCAACAGAGAGUCGGCGGAAUGUGUCCCCAAACUGAUCUGGCACGAAGGUGCCUUGAGCUGUGUGAGGAGUUCAGUCUGCCAGAGAACUCUUGUGUCAGAGAUAGGGAAUGGAGAAAACUUCACUUGGCAGCCUGGAAUGGCAACACGCGGCUUGUAAAACAACUGCUUCAGCAAGGAGAGACAGUGGAUGACAGGUAUGUGUAAAAAGAUAUUAAAGGAACACUACAAACAACUAAAGCACUUUAGCUUGCUGAAGUGCUUUAGUUACGAAGAGUGCAUCUUUGAUUUUUUUUUGUCCUGUAACUAAACUCAAGGGGCAGAAAUUGCCCAGAGCACAUGCUUUGCAAAGACUUCUCAUUGAGCUGCACUGGAAAGUCUGUGAUUGGACAGCCACAGAAAGUCUGGGCUGGGAUAGAAGGGGACGGCUUGCAAAGUUUUAGACAAGUGAACUGCAGCUUUUGCAAGCUAUGUUUAGAUAUACCCCAAAAAUGCAUAAUUAAAUAAUAAUUAACAUGUCCCUUUAAUAGACUGUGUUUUAAUGGGAUAAUACCCAAGACAAGUUAAAUUUUUCAUGACAAUUUUCUGUCCAAAAGUCUACAUUUGCAGCAGAAAAUUAAAGGCAAUAUGGUUCUUUUAAAGGAGCACUCUAAGCACCAUAACAUUCGGGCAUGAAAAAUGUAAUGAGUGCCAGUGUUCACUGGAGUCAGAUGAUGUCCUCACCUUCUGUGCGUGAAUACAAGCAUCCUUUAAAAAAAAAAAAAAAAUGAUGGAGGACCAUUUUGCUAUUAUUCAAAGACACAUUACUGUGGUACUCAGAGGCGCACAAUAAAUUUUCUAAGAUCCUAGAAAAGAGAAAAUAUACAAUAGAAAAGAUUGACAAAGGGAUCUGAAACCCAAAGAGAGACUACUGCUCAACCUUGCAAGGAUGUGAACCAUCUAAAAAAAAACUAAACCUUUAUGUUACACAGAUAUAUCUACAGCAGGUGUAUCGGCUCUCUGAGCAACUACACCAGUGGUAGUCAACCUUUUUCCACUUACCGCCCACUAAUGCAUCUUUCUUGAUGGAAAAAUGUCUUUACCACCCACCAGUUUUUGCGCAAGCGCGGAAUAUUUUUUAGAAAGGAGGGUGUUUUAAAAAAAUAAAUAAAUGUACGUACAUUUGCAUGUUUAUAAUGUUUUUAACUUUAUAAAGUUUAAUGAGAAAGCAAUAAAGUAAAUUGAAAUUACCUUUACUAGUGAUUAAUGAGAUCCUUGAGGUUGAUGCUGAGAGACUAAAUAUUUGAUAUCUGGUUCGAUUUUCGUAAGGAACAAACGAAGGUCUCCUCUUUCGGUGAUAAUCAGAAGACUUCUUUGUUUGCUCAUAAAAUGAUUUCUCAUCUGUGCGUCAGCUCCCCUCCUCUCCCUCCUCAAUUCCCCUCCCCACCUUUUUUUCUUCCUUUUUUCUAUUUUUUAACCUUCCUUAUAGCAAUGCCCAGUAGGAAGGCUGAGCUAAGUAGCUCACUUACUAUUAUUAGUCAACAACAAUUCUCUCCUUUUCCUUUUCUUUCUUUCUCCUUUUUUACAAGUACUCUACUCCUUCUUUCUCCUUUUUACAAAUACUCUGCUCCUUCUUACUUCUAUUCUACAAGUACUCUGCUCACAGAAAAACACACACACACUUACACAUACAUUUACAGACACACACACUCACAGACAAACACUCACACAUACACUUACAGACACACACUCACAUAGAAACAGAGAAACACAUACACACAAACAUACACAUACUCACACAUGCACUUACAGACACUCACACAUAAACAGACAGACACACAUACACUAACAGACACACAGAUACAGACACACACAUACUUACAGACACAAACACACACUUACAGACACAAACACACAUAUACUUACAGACACCCACACACAUAUACUUACAGACACACACACAUGUACUUACAGACACACACAUAUACUUACAGACACACACACACAUAUACUUACAGACACACACAUAUAUACUUACAGACACACACACAUAUACUUACUGACACACACACAUACUUACAGACACACACAAAUACUUACAGACACACACAUACACUUACAGACACAUACAUAUACACACAAAUUAUUAAUAUUAAAUGUCCACCCAGCCUCCCUACCUGGAGAGCUGGUGUGGAUCUGUCCCUUCGGCGGGCGGCUGUGUGCUAAUCCAAGGCGGCGAGGGAGCUCUAACCUCUCUGCACUGCUCCCUUGCGGGCUGUCUACUGAUGCAUCAGCUCCCACGGCAUCAGCAAAUAUCGCGCGAGGGAGCAAUGCAGAGAGGUUAGAGCUCCCUCGCCACCUCGGAUUACAACUCUGCCGCACCUGGGGGUCCAGAAGGUGGCCUGGCAGGAGGGAGCAGUAAGAUUGGACAUCUCCUUAGCAAACAAUGUGGUGGGGUGUUUUCGCACUACAACAGGACACUUUCAGCCAUUUGUACUGUAUUUUUAGUAGAGAAGUGAAUGAAGUCUUACAUUUAAGCUGGGAAUCGGGGUCCCUUGGAUUGUUUAUUUUCUCAAGUAACUACUUGUUUAUUUUCUCAAGUAACCUCACAGCAUUGUGGAUAGAGUAAAUAAAUGCGUGUCUGUCUUCAAAAAUUCAUACUAUAUUAUUUAUCACUAACUGGAUUAGGGAUUGGGUGGAGCAUAUGGCUAGUUAUUAUUUGUUUUCCACCAAGCGGAUGGAGCAGCUAUGGACCCUCCAACAAAAUAUUAUUAAUCCAUACAUUGCCAGAUAAGUUGUAAGUGUAGAAACUUGAUCCUGGUCCCCAUUUUUUUCUGUUUAAUUAUUUAUUUAUUUUUAAUAUUCUUCAAGUUCCAAAUGUGAUGAAUGUGGACCCUAGUCCUGUGAUUAUUUUCCCAGAGUCUGCAAAAAAGUAUGAGAGCAUAUCAUUGAAUGUACACAAUCCAAAAUCUGUAAAAAUUUAAAAUCGAAUUGCUACAAAUUAAGGGUAGAAUACCACAUUUUAAUGUAAAAAAACAUAUUGACACCCUCUCAACAUGUUUUUUUUUUUUUUUUUAAAGGGGAAACAUUCAUCUAUGGUUAACUGUUCAUAUGUAAAUAUGACAUGAUUGAUCUGAUUGCCAAUGUAUAAUAUUUAAGCUUUUUCACAGCCUAACUACAGAGACUUCUAGCCGUCACUAAUCCCUUGUCACAGUAGAAAGACUAUUAAUCCCUCACCAGUAUUGAUGUUCUUUCAAGGUGCUAAGUCCUUGAACACCUUUUAGUUUAUUUACUUAAGUCUCCUGGCUGCAAAGUGUGGACAAGUUCAUACAGUAAAAAUGAAAAUCCAGCGCACACACUUAUCUACUAAACAGUUAUUUUAGUGCUAAACAAUUUUGUUAGUUUUAUUAAAGCCAACUAAUCUAGGCACAAAAUAAUGGGGUUUAGUUACAUUAUAUGAUCAUACAUUGCAUAAGCCUGCCACAACGCCAAUGUACCCCAUCUUUGGCAGGUCCUACUCUGUCUGCUAAAUGAGCUACUCACUUGGGGAAAUCCUUCCAUCUUCUCUAGUUUUCUUCAGUACAAGGCUUAAACAGGGUCCUGAGAUGAGGCACCUGACAAGUUCAUACAAAAGAAUAAAAGUACAUUUAGCAAGGGACAAUUCCAACGAGUACAACAGAAUGUAUUUCCUUUUCAUAUAGUAGUAUGCCACAAAAUUGAUGUGUGACAUACAUCUUGCAGAACCACUGAGGUUUUGAGUUUGAAAAUUGAUAGUAAUUGAUAGUAAAGGGACACUGUGAACUCUGCAUGAGGACAUCUAGCGUCAGAUUCUUCCCCAUAGGAAAGCAUUGCUUCAGGUCUAAUGUGUGCAUGGCAUUUGCCAUGCAUGCGUAUUAGCGCCCGCUCGUCACAGGCCAUCUGAGGUGGCGGAAGCAGGACCAAGCACCAAGGGACAUCAGGGCUGGGGAAAGGUGAGUCAAUAAAGGGGUUUUAACCCUUUGUUCACCCAGGAGGGAGGAUGGGGGGAGGGGAGGGAGGCAGGGGCAGUGAUAGUGCCAGGAAUACAGCUUUGUAUUCCUGGCACUAUAGUAUCUCUUCAAGGCUAACAAAGGCUAAACUCAUUGGGGUACUUUUCAAUAUUUGGCCCAGAUGAGCUCAAUGCAGAGAUGCUGGUAAUUCUGGUUUAACGAACCUCUCUGUGAAAAUUAUGAUGAGCUAGAACAUAUCCAUGUAAACAGAAGUACUUAUGACCUAAUGUGUAUAUCAUACUUUGUGUACCAUACAGCGAAUUGCUUGAAAAUGAGACAAAAAUUUAAUUAUUUCUUCCAGGAAAAAAAAUCUAAAACUUUUAAAAGUAGCAAUGUAGAAUCUUUCACUAGUACAGUGACAUUUAUUAUUUGUUUUGUUAGAGACGAACUUGGUUGGACACCUUUGCACUGCUCAGCAACUAAUGGACAUUUGGCCACUGCAAAGCUGUUGAUUCAGAGAGGAGCAUUAAUCAGUGCUCAAGAUGACUCUGGGUGCACUCCUCUUCAUCAUGCCGCUUGGAAUGGUCACACACAUCUGACGGAGAUGCUUCUGCAACGUGGCACCAACGCCGGCGCAAAAAACAAAGCAGGCCUGACCCCUCUCCAUCUGGCAGCAGCAAAUGGACACACUCUCAUUACUCAACUACUUCUAAAGCAAGACAAAAACCCCUGUGUAGGAGAUAACAAUAAAUGGAGUCCUCUCCAUUGGGCGACCGUGAGUAACCACCUCCAUAUCAUGGAACUGCUACAAGAACAUGGAGUCUCUUUGGAGUUGGAGGCUUCUGGAAAUGUCACUCCGAUGCAUAUUGCUGUCGAAACUGGGAAGCUAGAGGCUUUGAAUUAUCUAAUAGAAAAUGGGGCUGACGUGAAUGUCACAGACCAGUUGGGUCAGACAGCAUUAUCGAUGGCGGCCAGCAAUGGAAGCUUAGAGGUACGUAAUACAUAAUAAAAAAGGAACCAAGACGAGUGACUAUCCUUUUCUGCAACUAGGGCAACUAGAUGCACUCAAACAAGGAUCAUGAAGUACAUAAUUAUAGUACACGGGGUAGAGAAGGCAGAUGAUUAAUUUAAGUACAACUCAAGGCUUUGUUCUUCAGUAGAAAAACAUAAACCAGAAACAAACUGGUGAAAGCCAGUACAGAGGAAAAAAAAAAUACUGAGAAAUCUUUACAACAGAGAAUGAAAGACCAAGGCAAUUAGCUCUAUAUUCUCACUUCUAUAGGUCAAACACAGCUCACACAAUAAAAGAGCACAAACCUGAGUAAAAGGUCACAACUUUAGCCUCUAGGGAUGUUUUUGUCAGUGUUAAAUGACCAUUGGUAAGGGUCCUGGUUACCUUUGUUACCUCUAUUAUAUGCAGGUGAAGAAUGGCGAUUGUUGGCCUGGGGCAAUUACAAUUUAGAUCACAAUCUAGAGACUUUAAUUGAAAUCCAGGGGCUCUGGCAGCCAUGCAGUGAUAGAAUGGUUGUCCAUGAUUCUAUUUUAUAAGAUACUAAAUAUAUCAUAUAUUUACUAUAUUUUGCCAUUUUUUUUAGCGCUAGAUUGCUUCUAAAAAAAUUCUACUGCAGCAUGGCCCUGAUUCAUUAUUAGGCAGUGUAGGUAUCUGCCUACGGGUGACUGUCCACUAGGGGGUGCCUGUUUAUAGCACUAAAUAGAGAACCUUUUUGAGCAGCGCAGUCCCAGUUCCUUCAGUGUCUUUGUGUGAGGCUGCACAAGAAGUGGAAGGGAUCAUUUCACAUCUGCCCCCUAAUAAUCUCUCAUGCAGGAAAUGUAUUUAGGAGGAGCAAGAGAGGUUCCUAAUGAUGCCAACUGUAUAACCGCUCUUUCAGUUCUAAUUUCAUCAAUGUGACUGUUCAGACAUGGGAGGAUGAGUACUUUGCAAAUAACCCUUCAAACUCCAGCAUUAACAGCCUAACCCUUAAAGCGGCACUGUCUCCCAAUGGGGAUACGGUGGCUGGUGGACAGGAAAAGGUGAGUUCUACUUACCUGAACCUGUCCCUCGCAGGUGCCGCCAUCUUUCUCCAGCAGGUCUUCUUGCUGUACCCACGAGCAUUGAGGUUUAUGGAGGAUUGACAGAGCCAAUUCUCUGCAGCCAUCGCUCUCCUCCCAGUGUCUAAGUAAGUCAGGCGUAGGAAAAAUACAUAAGACAAAGAGGUCCCUACUUUGUCUUAUGUUUUUAGUUAGAAAUAAACGAAAAAAAUUAAAAAAAGAACGACAGAGUAGGAAAGAGAAGAGAAGAGGAAGCAAUUGGGGAAAGGUAAGUAUAUCGUGACAGUGCCGCUUAAAAUAAAUCCUUUGCCUUAAUCCUAUGUUUAACUCCUCUUAAAAACUUAACAUCUCAUGUGUCCCAAUACUAAAUUUAACCAAACUCUAUCCCUAUACAUAAUAUUCCUAACGCACCCCAUUCAUGUGCAAUCUGAAUGACUACUCCAACACACUUUUCCAUGUUCAUCUCCAACCACCACCACCACUAUUGCUUAUUUCUAACCCACUUAGGAUGACCACGGAUUAAAUGUGCAUGCCUUUUAUACUGUCCAGUUCUGGUUGCUAUGGUGAAGACUUUUUCCCAAAUCCUCAAGACAAAAUGGUCCAGGUUUUGUCAGUAUUCCCAUAGAAAUAGAAUUGGAGAAUGCCUAAAUUCAGGACUGUAGUUGCUCUUUUAGGAAUGAGUUGAGAACCACUGGCUUAGACUCUAGCUACCACCUGACUCCCUCACUGCUCUUUUUUGACCAAUAAUUCUGUUCAAAUCUUAAGCCAUCGUUUUCUCCUCACCUCACCUCUACCAUAUAAUCCUAGAGUUAAUGCAAGUGAAAUUUACAGUGUGAAGUUCUUUGUGGUAUCAUGGGAAUGUGAUGACGCGUAUUCCUACAUUAUCACACAAGGCACCAACACACCUCUUAAUAAUAUGUUUUAUUUGGGGGUUGGGGGAGAUUUACAUAACAAAGUGUCAUGUUUUUAGUAUGUCUUUGUGUUAUUAUAAGGCAGAGCUAUACGGCACUAAUAAAGAAUUAAUACUAUUGCGAUUUGAUUUGCUUAACUAUUUAAUAAAGAGAUAUGGUCUCUGUAAUUGCUAAAUCUAGCCAUUUUUGUUUGAUUUCCAUUUUACUCUAUUUUCUCCUCCUAGGUCAUCCAAGUUCUAUUGGGAAAAAAAGCCCAAAUUGACGUGGCAGAUAAACAUGGACGCACAGCGUUACACAAAGCUGCAGGUGGAGGUCACCUUGGCGUUGUACAGCUGCUUGUCCAGAAUGGAGCUUCUCUGAAACAAAUUGAUAGCUUGGGUCUGACUCCAAUGCAGAGAGCGGCUAUGUUGGGACACAAUGCCAUAUCCAAUUAUUUACAGGACAUGGAACCAAUUGUAGAAAAUGGAAACUGAAACAAGCGAAAACUACUUUUUUUAACUUAUGUAGACUGAUCACAUUGCUUACGUGACAUGUCAGGAUAUGGCAUCUGUGUAAGGUGACCUGGGUAUAAAUUAUGGUUCCAGAAAUUAAAAGCUACCUAUAUGUUGUGGUGGAAAAAUGUGUUUUUUUUUUUACACUGAGUCAAUGUGACAUCAAUAUGUGGCACUUUAACUAUUUGAGCUACUGCAAUAAAUAGUUAAAGGAGCACUAUAGUGUCAGGAAUACAAGCAUUUACUCCUGACACUAUAGUUCUAGAUGCACCAUUUAGGCCACCGACCUCUCCCCCCCCGUACGCCCUUUGCCUCUGCUAAAUAAGUGUAAAACUCAGUUAAUUUCUUGUUGUGGCUGGCCCCACUCUGACUUCUUGGCUGAGUUUAUAAAAUUUGACAAUCUCAGUCAAUACAAUGUGUUCCCAUAGGAAAGCAUUAAGAGGCUAUUGCGCAUGAGCGGCAAAGCCCCUGCACCAAUCAGCAUCUCCUCAUAGAAGCGAUGCUGCACCAAUCAGCAUCUCCUCAUGCAUUGAAUCAAUGCAUCUCUAUGGGGACAGUUCAGACUUCCAUGCAGAGCGUGAAGAUGAUGAACGGCAGUGCUGCACACUGUGCAGCAAUGACCCAGUAAGCACCUCUAGUUGCCGUCUGAGUGACUGCCACUGGAGGUGUUACCAGGCAGAAAUGUAAACACUGCCUUUUUCUCUUAAAAGGCUGUGUUUACAUUAAAAAUCCUGAAGAGAAAAACUAUACACACUAGAACUACUACAUUAAAGGGACACUCCAGGCACCCAGACCACUUCUGCCCAUUGUUGUGGUCUGGGUGCCAACUCCCACUACCCUUAACCCUGCAAGUGUAAUUAUUGACUGCAAUAUUUACAUUGCAGAGUUAAGUCCUCCUCUAGUGGCUGUCUAUCAGACAGCCACUAGAGGGACUUCCGUGUUCUUAGAACACCAAAAUUGUUUUAAGCAACGCUGGACGCCCUCACGCUAUGUGAGGACAUCCAGCAUCACCAAAAACCCCAUAGGAAAGCAUUUAGUAACGCUGUCCUAUGGGGAGGACUAAUGUGCGUGCACAUGCGCAUUAGGUCUCCCCCAUCAGCUGGCGGGGGAGGAGAGUAGGCGGAGAAUAGGUGGAACCUGACCAGCACCGAGGGACAUUGGCGCUGGACUCCGGUAAGUCACUGAAGGAGUUUUAACCCCUUCAGCAACUUGGGAUGGGAGGUGGGAGGGAGAGGGGCACUCCAUGGUCCUGCAGUGCCAGGAAAACUAACAUGUUUUCCUGGCACUGGGGAAUCCUUUUAAGCUUCUGGUGACUAUAGUGUCCCUUUAAUUUACACACAUUUGACAGAGUAAGCCCAGUACACAGCUCAUACACACAUAUUCACAUGGGAACAGACAUGCCUGGCCUGACUUGGAGGUGAUGUAAAAAAAUACCUUUUCCAUUUUGCUUCACUAAAAUUACAAUUAUAUAUAUUUUGUUUAUUUAUUGCUUAUACAAAUAUUUUAAUUCAUUAUUUUACCAAUGCAUUUUUUGAGGAAUGGGUAAAUUCCAAUUUGCAGUGUGUUUUUAAAUGCAUCCAAUUUGACACCCAUUUGUAGAGACUGACUUCUUGACCUUACCCAACAAUUAUGCAUUAUUGUAGCUUGGACUCUGAAUUGGUUAAUAAUGAAGACAGAAGGAUAAAAAAAAUAUACACAUAACCAGUGAUCUACUGUGCAUCUGUCGG